AUCUCCAGUGUCAAACUUGACAUCAGCCUGCGAGCGGAGCAUGGUAACUUCUGCAAUCAGAGCUCUCACAUCAGUGGCAUGCUUCAGGAAGAUAUGCUCCUCUCACUGCCCGCUGCACCAGCAACAUGGAUUGUCACAUCUCCAUCCUCCUCCUCCUCCUCUGCUCUGCCCUGGGGGAACUGAUUCUCCAUCCUACCAACGAAGUUAAUCUGCUGGAUUCAAAAGCAAUUCAAGGGGAGCUGGGCUGGAUCUCCUACCCAUCACAUGGGUGGGAAGAGAUAAGUGGAGUUGAUGAGCACUAUACACCAAUCAGAACUUAUCAGGUGUGCAAUGUCAUGGAUCACAGUCAGAACAACUGGCUAAGAACAAACUGGAUCCCACGCAAUUCAGCUCAGAAGAUAUAUGUGGAGCUCAAGUUUACCUUGAGAGACUGUAAUAGCAUUCCACUGGUUCUAGGCACUUGCAAAGAGACCUUUAAUCUUUAUUACAUGGAAUCUGAUGAUGACCAUUCGGUCAAGUUCAGAGAACACCAGUUUACAAAGAUUGACACCAUUGCAGCUGAUGAGAGCUUCACUCAAAUGGAUCUUGGGGAUCGAAUUCUCAAACUCAAUACAGAAGUUCGUGAGGUGGGACCCAUCAGCAAGAAAGGCUUUUACUUGGCUUUUCAAGAUGUGGGUGCAUGUGUUGCCUUAGUAUCAGUGCGAGUGUACUUCAAAAAGUGCCCUUUCACCGUAAAGAACUUGGCUAUGUUUCCAGACACAGUACCUAUGGACUCCCAGUCACUAGUGGAAGUGCGAGGUUCUUGUGUCAAUCAUUCCAAGGAGGAAGAUCCACCUAAGAUGUAUUGCAGUACAGAAGGAGAAUGGCUAGUGCCCAUAGGAAAGUGUUUGUGUAAUGCUGGCUAUGAAGAAAGAGGCUUUGCUUGCCAAGCUUGCCGACCUGGGUUCUACAAAGCCUUUGCUGGCAAUGUGAAGUGUGCUAAAUGCCCACCUCACAGCUCCACCUAUGAAGAAGGGUCUCUGAAUUGCAGGUGUGAAAAGAACUACUUCCGCUCUGAGAAGGACCCUCCAUCCAUGGCUUGCACCAGACCUCCAUCUGCACCAAGAAAUGUUAUCUCUAAUAUCAAUGAAACAUCAGUUAUCCUUGACUGGAGUUGGCCCCUUGACACAGGUGGCCGGAAAGAUGUCACCUUCAACAUCAUUUGCAAAAAAUGUGGGGGAACUGUCAAUCUCUGUGAGCCAUGUAGUGGUAAUGUGCGGUUUUUGCCCCGUCAAAUUGGUCUCACCAACACCACCGUGACAGUAGUAGACCUUCUGGCGCACACCAACUACACAUUUGAGAUUGAUGCAGUCAAUGGGGUAUCUGACUUGAGUGCGCUCUCAAGGCAAUUUGCAGCAGUUAGCAUUACAACUAAUCAAGCUGCUCCAUCCCCCAUCACAAUAAUUAGGAAGGACCGGACAUCCAGGAAUAGCGUGUCUCUAUCUUGGCAAGAACCUGAACAUCCUAACGGGAUCAUCUUGGACUACGAGGUCAAGUACUACGAAAAGCAGGAGCAAGAGACAAGCUAUACUAUUCUGAGAGCAAAAGGAACCAACGUUACCAUCAGUAGCCUGAAACCCGAUACCACAUACGUGUUCCAAAUCCGAGCCCGAACAGCAGCUGGAUAUGGGACCAAUAGCCGCAAGUUUGAGUUUGAAACCAGCCCAGAUUCCUUCUCCAUCUCCAGCGAGAAUAGCCAGGUUGUAAUGAUCGCCAUUUCAGCUGCAGUAGCGAUUAUUCUUCUCACAGUUGUGGUGUAUGUCCUGAUUGGGAGAUUUUGUGGAUAUAACAAGUCUAAACAUGGUGCUGAUGAGAAGAGGCUACAUUUUGGGAAUGGACAUUUAAAACUUCCAGGCCUCAGAACAUAUGUAGACCCACAUACAUAUGAAGACCCCAACCAGGCUGUGCAUGAGUUUGCCAAGGAAUUGGAUGCAACCAAUAUAUCCAUCGAUAAAGUUGUUGGAGCAGGUGAAUUCGGAGAAGUGUGCAGCGGGCGUCUAAAACUUCCUUCUAAGAAGGAAAUUUCAGUAGCAAUCAAAACUUUGAAAGUUGGAUACACUGAAAAGCAGAGAAGAGACUUCUUGGGAGAGGCAAGCAUCAUGGGACAGUUUGAUCAUCCCAACAUCAUUCGGCUAGAAGGAGUUGUCACCAAAAGUAAGCCAGUUAUGAUUGUUACUGAGUACAUGGAGAAUGGCUCCUUGGAUAGCUUCCUACGAAAACAUGAUGCUCAGUUCACAGUCAUCCAACUGGUGGGCAUGCUCCGGGGGAUAGCAUCCGGCAUGAAAUACUUGUCAGAUAUGGGUUACGUCCAUCGUGACCUAGCUGCUCGUAACAUCCUCAUCAAUAGCAACCUGGUGUGCAAAGUUUCUGAUUUUGGCCUCUCACGUGUAUUGGAAGAUGACCCAGAAGCUGCUUAUACAACAAGGGGGGGAAAAAUUCCAAUUCGAUGGACAUCGCCAGAAGCCAUUGCAUACCGCAAAUUCACGUCAGCAAGUGACGCAUGGAGCUAUGGGAUUGUUCUCUGGGAGGUGAUGUCCUAUGGAGAGAGGCCAUACUGGGAAAUGUCCAAUCAGGAUGUAAUUAAGGCUGUAGAUGAAGGGUACCGUUUGCCACCUCCUAUGGACUGCCCAGCUGCCUUGUAUCAGCUGAUGCUGGACUGUUGGCAAAAGGACAGAAACAACAGACCCAAGUUUGAGCAGAUUGUCAGCAUCCUGGAUAAACUGAUCCGUAAUCCCAGCAGUCUGAAAAUAAUCACAAAUGCAGCUGCAAGGCCAUCAAAUCUACUACUGGACCAAAGCAACCUUGAUAUAUCCGCCUUCCGCACAGCAGGUGAUUGGCUUAAUGGUAUUCGGGCAGGACACUGCAAGGACGUUUUCACGGGUGUGGAAUACAGUUCAUGUGACACAAUAGCCAAGAUUUCCACAGAUGACAUGAAGAAGGUUGGUGUUACAGUUGUUGGGCCUCAAAAGAAGAUUAUUAGCAGUAUUAAAACUCUAGAAACUCAUACAAAGAACAGCCCAGUUCCCGUGUAAGGUACCAAAAUGAUGUUGCUCAGGACAGAAACAGAGAGAAGUUGCUUCAAAGGGCAAAUGGUGAUGGCUGAAGAAACUGCAGGAUUUAAAGGCGUUCUCACAACAGUGCUGGGAAUAUUGGUGGAAAUUUCUAGCCCACUAAGACACUCAAAUAUUGAGUACAAAUGCCUUAAAAAUAGGAGCGAACUUUUUUUUCUAUUAGUCCUAAAGGGUGGGUGCUUUUCUUCCCCUAUGAUAAUUGACUGUUAAUCCAUAUAAUAAAUUUGAAAAGGAAAAAAAAAUAUGUAAAAUUCUUUCCAAGUAAAACAGUGAAACUAAAACCUAGAGCCAUUUGAACAUUAACUGACUGAAUACCAUGAAGAACCAUGAACACACAGGGUUGUGUUUGAUCAACAGCAGCAACAAGAAAAUAAAAAAUAAAAAAAACUUGCAGUAUUUUUAUACACAGAAGAGAUCUGUAGCAGGUACUUUAUUUCUUUAAAAUCAAGCAAAAUAGAGGAUUAUACCUCAGACUUAUCUGGCCAUAUUUACAAUAUUAUCCUUGUAAUAUUCUAUUUCAACUGGAAUACAGAAGCAGUAAUCACUUUAGAGUCAGUUCCCAAAUGAUUUUUGCCAUUAUGUUAACUCUCCUGAUUGUGUUCUCGUUCCAAACAAGAAAGGCUUAAUUUUUUUAAUGUAUAUUUCUUUUCCCCAGUAUUGUUAAUAAUCAUGGUGAAAUAUCUUAGAUUUCUUAUUGCCAAGUGCCAAAUCUUGUAAAACUUCAUUGGUUUAACCUGAAAAAUUGUUUGAUGAUGUGUUACUUACUAGAUUUUUUGUAUAACAUGUUUCAAAUACAAAAGAAAAGAAAGAAAAAGUCUUUUUCCAGCUCUUGUUCUAAAUGACCUGUCUGGAGUUGCUGCAUUCCAUCCAUUUACAGUAAACAGCUGCGUUACACUUUUAACCUAGGGUAAUAUACUGGCAGAAAUGUAUGUGGACAACAUGCGUGUUGUUCUCUAAAUUGACAGCAGGCAAGUUUCUUUCUUUGACUUCCCAGAGGACUGAUUUGCCAUCAGUAUAAAUGAUUGGUUUCAGUAGUGUGAUUUGCAGAGAAAGUUGUGACAUCUCAACCUAAGUGGGGCAGAAUUGUUUCUUCGCUUGUUGGAGCUCCAUCAUAAGUUUGCUUGGGAAAAGUCUAUUUCUGGAGCUGAAGGUCCAAGCUUGCUGCAUGUGCAUGAUUAGCUGGCAGUGGAGGGCUGUGCAUGUAUACAGGCCUGGUCAUUAUACUAGCAUGGUGAUGCAGGGACAGAUUUUUAAUAAGGGACUUUAGCACCUACAGUCAGACUUGUGUGAAAUUUAGGCAGCCUUGUCCCAAACUUCCAUCCUGAACACCUCUGCAAGCUACUGCCUAACCCUGUAGUCAUCCAAAUUCCAUAGGCACUUUACCUUUUGCUUUCAGGUUUCCCAGGCUCUAGAGCUGUGCCUCCACGCAUGUUCAGGAUCUCCCCAAAUUUGCUGAGCAGCUCAGUGCCUUGCUCACAUGUUGGCAUGUUAAGAAGCCUUAUCGGUGGCCAGAGCUCAACCCAGUAGGCAUUCCUAGAGAAUGCUGAACACAAGCUCACAGAAUUGGGCUCUGCCCAACAGGAGUUGCAACUGCUAUUUUUCUUUUAAAACCUGGCUGGAGGAGGAUAAGGAAAAGGCAGUUGUCAUGUUUUUUAAAGAAAGGAGUAAUCCCUGCUAAGUAUUUUGAUAGGGAGUGCCUUUCUUUAGGAAGGGGGCUCAGAGCGAUGGGUCUUGGGGGGGGGACAUCCCUGAAUAAGGAUUCCUGAAGGAAAGGAUUGACAACUCCCCUCUGUCUUACCCUUGCCCUGUUGGCUCGCUCAAGGCAGCUGCAUGCUGGACGUUCUACCCUGUGGUGGCUCCAUGUUCAGUGUCCUUGCCAUUUUGAACCAAAUUCUUAUGCACCAAGCCCUCUCUCCGGUCGGAGGCACGUAGCAUGUGGUUUUGAACUCCAUUCAGGAGCAAGGGGACAGAUACAGAAGUUGCCUGAGGUCCUACUUAGGUUCUAUUUAGGCAUCUAAACUCCAAGUGAAGUCGAUGUCCUAAAUAUUAUGCCAAUAUUUAGGGUCCUACAUACUUUUUGGGGAAGGUUUGGACCCAAGGUACCUAAAAGAUGGUCCCUGUGUUUUAUUAGAGCUGACCCUUUGUGUUAGCAAUGACUUGAAUGUUACACUCUUCACACCACCACCAGUCCUAGAGUAGAUUCGCCCAAAUAACACUGAGUUCUUGUAAAUACAAACAGAAGAACACAAAAAGAAUCUUAAAGAGGAAGGACUAUAGAUGACACAGAUUACUGUGUGCUCUGCUUGGUCAGCUAUCAGAUGUAUGUUUGGUUUUCUUGAAGUACACAGCAAUGUGAGGGAUAUGGUCAAAGGCAAGGCUGAGCUUUUACAACACACUAGGCUGAAUCAGCUUCUCAACUCAAGAUUCAAACCUUGAACAGUGUAAAGAGAAUACACUGAUCACUUGUUGCUAAAUAAAGGCAUACGUUAUAACUUGCCUUUCCAGUAAAUCUUGACAGUGAGCAUGCUCAGAAGAAUCUGUUUUGAAAUGUGCUCACUGGAUAAUAUAUUUGGAAAGAACAGUGAAGUGGUUUCAACUUAAUUUGACCUAAAAACAGAGAAAAAGGCAGACAGUAAAAACAAAGCACUUAUGUACCAUUUGUUAUGCCUUUUGUAGCUUAAGUGGUGUGUGGUGAAAUACCAGAAUCAGAAAGCGCAAAUGCCAAGUUCAGCUUGCUUAAGUAUGUUCAAAAUCUUUCUUCCACUUGGAUUUGAGAAUGAGAUCCCAGUUCAGACAUUGUUCUUAGUGAACAUAAUCCACUAAAAUCCUGUUUAGUCACGUGUACGAAACAUCUUUUUUAUGUUUUCACAUAGUAUUUCUAUACUAUUUCUCCUCCACCUCAUUCAGGGAGGAAAGUUUUAGAUGAUUCCAAAAACAAGACAACUGUUCUUUAAUGACAUUUUUGACUGAGACUUAAAACCUUGCACCACUUGCAUACUGUCUGUAUACUGCCAUCCUCUUGCACACCAUUCCGAACAUGCCCACUCUUUGCAAUUAAUAUCACUUGUUCUUGGGAAGUAGGAAAUCCAUUUUUGCUUUUCUUUGCAGUUAUAAAUAGAGAAUUUAUAAACCGACUUAGCUUUUUCUCCCUUUCAAAAUGUUAUUUGUACUAUAAGUAAGUGGCCUCUAUUGCAAAUAUCCCACACUCCCCUUACCCCCUGUACAUAUGUAAACAUAACCGUGUACAAUUCUUAAAUGUGGAGUAGAGGUACUAGAAUUCUUGUGGCCAUCCUCCUGUACAGGACGUGCAUUGGUUAUUUACAUCAAACAAAAUGCAACUAUUCACAAAAUUAUGUACCAUAUUAUUGGUUUCUGUAUCUUUAAAUAUAGUUUACAUAUAUUAUUUAUUUCUGUUAACAUAUAUAGUUUUGUGCUGUUACUUAGCAUUCAAUAAGCAAUGUAUAGAUGUGAUUUGAUUGGCAAUAUGUAUUUACUUUAACUUGUAUUUCAAAACAUUACUUACUCAUUUAGUUUAUAUGUUGUGCAAUUGUAGAUGGCCUCUUACUAAUGUAAAAUGAUUUGUAGUGGAAACAUUUAUAUUUUUAUAAUAAACAUAAUGAAAGUAUUUUUUACA